ACGUUCGCGUUCCAACGCAGCAACUCGUUCUCGUUCCCAAAAAAAAAAAAAAAGAAAAGAAAAAGAAAGAAAACACAAGGCACUCGCAAAUUCGCAUCUCACAUUCAUAAUCACUUCGCGAAUCGGCACGGAACAGAACCCAACAGCAAAAUGGAGGACGAUGAGAAAAUGGACAUUAUGCGCAAGGCAUUCCAAAUGUUUGAUACGCAAAAGUCGGGCUUCAUUGAGACCCUGCGUCUGAAGACCAUUUUGAACAGCAUGGGUCAAAUGUUCGAGGAAAGCGAACUGCAGGAUCUAAUCGAUGACAAUGAUCCGGAGGAUACGGGCAAGGUCAAUUUCGAUGGUUUCUGCGUCAUCGCUGCCCAUUUUCUUGAGGAGGAGGACGCCGAGGCCAUACAAAAGGAGCUGAAAGAGGCAUUUCGCUUGUACGAUCGCGAGGGCAACGGUUACAUAACCACGUCCACGCUCAAAGAAAUUCUCGCCGCUCUGGAUGACAAACUGUCAUCGAGUGAUCUUGAUGGCAUCAUUGCUGAAAUUGAUACCGACGGCUCCGGCACCGUUGAUUUCGAUGAAUUUAUGGAGAUGAUGGCGGGCGAAUAGGGCAGCAAUCGGUGCCCAUUUGCGAAAACAGUGCAAGAUUAUGAAAUAUCUUUUCUGGUUUUUGAUAAGUUUUUCUAUUAUUUUUUAAAUGAAUUGACUAAAAACUUUACGACCUUGACACAGUGACCUAAAAAAUCAAAAUAAAUUCAAAUCGAAUGACAA